GGUGAGGCGGAGGGAUAUGCACUCAUCUUGGGCUGCAGCCUAUUUGUCUCCGGGAAUCUGGAGGACAUAGCAUGGGGAGAGAGACGGGACGAUCGCCAACAGACGGAUCGAAGCUACGGUAGAUUGAUCACAAAGUCACUACCACCGUAAAUAAUCAUUUGGAGAUCACAGAACGGACCAAGGUGAAGAGGAUUUUCUUUUGUGGGACGUACUGGCCAGGUCUAGCCUGUUGGCCUGGUUAGAGUCUUACCAAAGUCUUGAUCUCCGCUCAAAGCGACAACCCCCUCCUACCAUCAGUGGUUCUGACCUCGCUGCGGACAGCUUGCUGCAGGCCCCUUCCUGAGCAGCAGCAGCUGUGUCCUGCCGGCUCACUCCUCUCCCUCCCCUGCUUCCUGUCCUUGGUCAGACAAGGCUAAAGCCUCAUCCCAUUACAUCUCCCAUACCCCACCACUUAUCUUGCGGCACACACACACACACACACACACACAUACAUUUACCUUCGUUGGUGGCUCCUGUUCUCAACCACACGUUUUGUACAAAUUCUUGCGCAUCUUAAGUUGGAGAUUGGUAGUUGUUUGCGCCCUCUGGCGUGAUUGAAUUGGACUCAACAGUUCACACUGGUGAUUGGACAACAGCCUGCAGAAUGACCUCCAUGUCCAGUCUGUUCUCCUUCACGAGCCCUGCAGUCAAGCGACUGCUUGGGUGGAAACAAGGUGAUGAGGAGGAAAAAUGGGCUGAGAAAGCAGUGGACGCACUUGUUAAGAAGCUUAAGAAGAAGAAAGGUGCCAUGGAGGACCUGGAGAAAGCCCUGAGCUGUCCAGGGCAACCAAGUAAAUGUGUUACCAUUCCAAGAUCACUGGACGGAAGACUGCAAGUUUCUCAUCGAAAAGGUCUGCCUCAUGUUAUCUACUGCCGAGUGUGGCGUUGGCCAGACCUGCAGUCCCACCAUGAGCUCAAGCCCCUGGAGGCCUGCGAGUACCCGUUUGGGUCGAAGCAGAAGGAGGUCUGCAUCAACCCGUAUCACUACAAACGAGUGGAGAGUCCUGUGCUCCCUCCUGUCCUGGUACCCAGACAUAGCGAGUUUAACCCACAGCACAGCCUGUUGGUCCAGUUCCGCAACCUAUCCCACAAUGAGCAGCACAUGCCCCUCAACGCAACCUUUCCAGAAUCCUUCCAGCAGCCCCAUAGUGGCGGCAGCAGCAGUACGGGUGGAGUCAGCAGUGGCUCUUUCCCCAUCUCUCCAAACUCUCCUUAUCCUCCAUCUCCAGCCAGCAGUGGUACCUAUCCAAACUCGCCUGCCAGCUCAGGGCCCUCCAGUCCAUUCCAGCUCCCAGCUGACACUCCACCUCCAGCAUACAUGCCCCCUGAUGAGCAGCUGGGCCAAGAUAGCCAAUCGAUGGAAACCAGCAGCAGUCUGGUGCCACAGACUGUGGCCCGAGGAGGUGAGGAUGCUGCUGAGAUGCUGGUCUGUCUACCAAAAUUAGUUGACACACAACUGUUGAACAACAGCUCGACCAGAACUGACGAUGUACAGCCAGUAGAGUAUGAGGAGCCGAGCCAUUGGUGCUCUAUUGUCUACUAUGAACUCAACAACCGAGUAGGUGAGGCCUACCACGCCUCCUCAACCAGCGUGCUAGUGGAUGGCUUCACAGAUCCUUCCAACAACCGAAACCGUUUCUGCCUUGGUCUGUUGUCCAAUGUCAACCGGAAUUCCACGAUUGAGAACACCCGUCGUCACAUUGGCAAAGGAGUUCAUCUUUACUACGUGGGAGGAGAAGUAUACGCAGAGUGUCUCAGUGACACCAGCAUUUUUGUACAAAGCCGUAACUGUAAUUAUCACCAUGGCUUCCAUCCUACCACUGUCUGCAAGAUACCUAGCGGCUGCAGCCUCAAAAUCUUUAACAACCAGGAGUUUGCCCAGCUUCUGGCCCAGUCUGUCAAUCAUGGCUUUGAGGCAGUCUACGAGCUUACCAAGAUGUGCACCAUUAGGAUGAGUUUUGUCAAGGGGUGGGGAGCGGAGUAUCACCGACAGGAUGUCACAAGCACCCCCUGUUGGAUUGAAGUGCAUCUGCAUGGCCCACUCCAGUGGCUUGACAAGGUUCUUACGCAAAUGGGCUCACCGCUGAACCCAAUCUCCUCUGUUUCCUAAUGGUUCAGAAGUGCUUUGUCUUUAAGUCCUUUUUUUUUUUUUGUUUUUUUUUUAUGUUUUUAAUCUUUCCCUCAUUUUGUCCACCCAUUGGUGAUUCAUAAUUUAAAGUGGUCUUAAUAGAAUAACUGGGGAAGGGAAUGAGCUCUCUCUUUGGUAUUGGAGAACAAAGCAGCCAGAUUCCAGUGGUUGGGACCGAGAAAUGUUACAGGCAGAUACCAAGUGAGAGAUUUCAAGCAGCAAGGACAACGUGAACACUACAGCUCGGAGAGCAAAUCCUUUUGAGCUGCUGAGGCUCAAGUGUGAACUUGACUAAUGUUGAUUUCUGUGUCCCACUUAUCUGGUUGUCUCCAUUUUUUAUUUCUUUAUCUAGUUUUUAACAAAGCAGAACUGUUUCCUUGUGUCCAAUAGAUGCAUUUACUGAUUUUGUCACAUUAUCAAAUAGUUUCUCACAAAUCUCACUGUUUUAUCCUUGGGAUUUACUGUGGAUAUUGCAACAAUGUUUUCUGUAAUACAGUGAUAGAAAUAAACACUGAGAUACCACCUUUUGGAAAAGUGAUGGCCGACCAGGUAUUAGAUAUGAGCAAGGAAUCACUGAAGAGUUCUAACAUGCCAUAAGCUAACAUUGUAAAUGUUGCGUCUAUUGUCAUAGAAGUAGUCAUUUAUGAUAUAAUCCAACAUUGAACAUCAUUAUUGAUUUCUAGUCUGUACUCUCCUAUUCAUGUACAAGUAACAUUGUCUGCAUACUCACUGUACUAACAAUAUUGUGCACUUGAGAAUUUUGUGGAGGCAUAUUGAAUUGUGCCCUGGGUACCAAGACAGUUAUUGCUAGAUAAUUGACUUGAUGAAAUAAACUUAUUUGAC